UUCCAUUAUAAUUCCAAUCUACAAACUAAAUAAUCCCAUUCUUAUCAAAUUCAAGUAGAAACCAUACUUAAUAAACUUUUUGCAGUCAGUCUAAAAUUCAUGGGUGUGCAUAUAAGCCUAUUAAGUGAAAAGAAGACUAUUUUAAAUGAAUAUCGCCAUUGCGUCAAUUAUUGAUUAAGUUUAAGUCUAUUAUAUCAGACCACAGAAGAUGUCAACCACAACUACUUCGGUUAAGACUGAUAAGGAAGUGGUCGAAAAGAAUGAAUCUAAACCACUGGUUGGUUUAAGUGGGAGAAAGAUUGUUUAUGAUAAAGAUGGUAAACCAUGUCGUACUUGUAAUACCUUACAAGAUUUCCAAUUCGUCACUGCUGGAUUAACCCCUGCGGCUGCAGCUGUUGCUGUUCCAGUCCCAGCUAAGAAAGUCGAAGCAGAACCAUCCUCACCUUGUAAUACCAUUGCUGGUGGAUAUAGCAAGGAUUAUCCCCCUGAUGUUGAAGUAUUAGGUAAAUCAUCAUGGACAUUAUUACAUUCUAUUGCCGCCACAUAUCCUGAAAAUCCAACAUCAAAAGAACAACAAGAUUUAAAACAAUUUGUUACCUUAUUUGGUAAUUUUUAUCCAUGUUGGUUUUGUAAGGCUGAUUUUGUUAAAUAUAUCGAAAAGAAUGAUCCUCAAGUUAAUAGUCAAGAUAAAUUUGGGAAAUGGUUAUGUGAAGCUCAUAAUGAAGUCAAUGUUAAGUUAGGUAAACCUAAAUUUGAUUGUAAUUUAUGGAAACAAAGAUGGAAAGAUGGAUGGGAUAAUGAUAAAUAAACAAAAGUAUAGAAUUAAGAAAAAAAGAAAGCUUAUGGCAUUGUAUAUAAUUACUCAAUAGAUAUUUGUAAAUAGCAUAUUAAAAGGAUAUUAAAAUAAAUAAAAGUUAUGAUUAUUAAAAUUAGUGUAGUUGAUAUGGUUUAAGGUUUAAGUGAAUUUUUGUAAAGGUGAGAAUUGCUUUGAUUGCUGUUAGUUUCAGUUUAGUUUUUU